ACAUGAGGACCGAAUGCAAGUGCCACGGCCUGUCGGGCUCCUGCGCGGUCAGGACCUGCUGGAAGAAGAUGCCCCACUUCCGAGAGGUGGGGAGCCGCCUGUUGGAUCGCUUCAACGGGGCCUUCAAGGUGAUGGGGGGCAACGACGGGAAGACCCUGAUCCCGGUCGGGCAGAACAUCAAGCAGCCCGACAAACACGACCUGAUCUACUCCGCGGAGUCCCCGGACUUCUGCCUCCCGAACCGGAGGACAGGCUCCCCCGGCACCCGAGGCCGGGCCUGCAACGGCACGGCUUUGGACGUGAGCGGCUGCGACCUGCUCUGCUGCGGCCGCGGCCACCGGGAGCAGACGGUCAGCUUCGAGGAGAACUGCCAGUGCCGCUUCCACUGGUGCUGCGUGGUCCAGUGCAGGCAGUGCACCGUCAGGAAGGAGCUGAGCGUCUGCUUGUAG